AUGACGCUCGCCCGCUUCGCGGUGGCUCUGAUUUUCGGGGCGCUCCCCGGAGUGGUCAGCUUUGAUCCGGUCCUCAGUUAUCCUCUGGGUCCCCAGUACCCUUAUUACCUUCCUACCCGGCAGCGUCCACAGAGGACGCCUCUGCCGCGCGUCCCGCGCCCCCCGGCGGCGCUCCGGACCCCGCUCCUGCAGGCCCUCCACGCCCGGCACACGCCCGGGCCGCGCGCCGGGGACUGCCCCGCCGGCGAGCCCUGGGUCAACGUGACGGACUUCGGCGCCUCUUGUCUGCGCUGGGCAGAAGUGCCACCGUUCCUCGAGCGGUCGCCCCCGGCGGGCUGGGCUCAACUGCGAGGGCAGAGCCACAACUUUUGCCGGAGCCCCGACGGCACGGGCAGACCCUGGUGCUUCUAUGGGAACGCGCACGGCAAGGUGGACUGGGGCUACUGCGACUGCAGACACGGGUCAGUCCGACUUCAUGGUGGCAAAAACGAGUUUGAAGGCACAGUGGAAGUAUAUGCAAAUGGAGUUUGGGGCACAGUCUGUAGCAGCCACUGGGAUGACUCUGAUGCGUCGGUUGUUUGUCACCAGCUGCAGCUGGGAGGUAAAGGAGUAGCAAGACAAACCCCAUUUUCUGGACUGGGCCUUAUUCCCAUUUAUUGGAGCAAUGUCCGUUGCCGAGGAGAUGAAGAAAAUAUACUGCUUUGUGAAAAAGACAUCUGGCAGGGUGGGACAUGUCCUCAGAAGAUGGCAGCUGCUGUCACGUGUAGCUUUUCCCAUGGCCCUGCGUUCCCCGUCCUACGCCUUGCUGGGGGGAGCAGUGCGCGUGAGGGCCGAGUGGAGCUCUACCGUGCAGGUCAGUGGGGCACUGUCUGUGACGACCAGUGGGAUGAUGCAGAUGCAGAAGUGGUCUGCAGGCAGCUGGGCCUGAGUGGCAUUGCCAAAGCAUGGAAUCAGGCAUAUUUUGGGGAAGGAUCUGGCCCAGUAAUGUUGGAUGAGGUACGCUGCACUGGGAAUGAGCUUUCUAUUGAGCAGUGUCCAAAGAGUUCCUGGGGAGAGCAUAAUUGUGGCCAUAAAGAAGAUGCUGGAGUGUCCUGUACCCCUCUAACAGAUGGGGUCAUCAGACUUGCAGGUGGUAAAGGCAACCAUGAGGGUCACCUGGAGGUGUAUUACAGGGGACAGUGGGGCACUGUCUGUGAUGACGGCUGGACUGAGCUGAAUACAUAUGUGGUUUGCCGACAGCUGGGAUUUAAAUAUGGCAAACAAUCCUCUGCAAACCACUUUGAAGAAAGCACAGGGCCCAUAUGGUUGGAUGAUGUCAACUGCUCAGGAAAGGAAACCAGUUUCCUUCAGUGUUCUCGGAGACCCUGGGGAAGGCAUGACUGCAGCCAUCAGGAAGAUGUUGCUAUCUCCUGCUACCCUGGCAGGGAUGGACACAGACUGUCUCUGGGUUUUCCAAUCAGACUGAUGGAUGGAGAAAAUAAGAAAGAAGGACGAGUGGAGGUUUUUAUCAAUGGCCAGUGGGGAACAAUUUGUGAUGAUGGGUGGACUGAUAAGGAUGCAACUGUGAUCUGUCGACAGCUUGGCUACAAGGGUCCUGCCAGAGCAAGAACCAUGGCUUAUUUUGGGGAAGGAAAAGGACCCAUCCACGUGGAUAAUGUGAAGUGCACAGGAAAUGAGAGGUCCCUGGCUGACUGUAUCAAACAAGACAUCGGAAGACACAACUGCCGCCAUGGUGAAGAUGCAGGAGUUAUUUGUGAUUAUUUUGGCAAGAAAGCAUCAGGUAACAGUAAUAAAGAGUCUCUCUUAUCUGUUUGUGGUUUGAGAUUACUGCAUCGUCGGCAGAAGCGGAUCAUUGGUGGGAAAAAUUCUUUAAGGGGUGGUUGGCCUUGGCAAGUGUCCCUCCGGCUCAAGUCAUCCCAUGGAGAUGGCAGACUCCUUUGCGGGGCCACACUCCUGAGUAGCUGCUGGGUCCUUACAGCAGCGCACUGCUUCAAGAGGUAUGGUAACAACACUAGGAACUAUGCUGUUCGGGUUGGGGAUUAUCAUACUCUGGUGCCGGAGGAGUUUGAAGAAGAAAUUGGAGUUCAGCAGAUUGUGAUUCACCAGGAGUAUCGACCAGACAGCAGUGACUACGACAUCGCCCUGGUUAGAUUACAAGGACCAGAACAAUGUGCCAGAUUCAGCAGCCACGUUUUGCCAGCCUGUUUGCCACUCCGGAGAGAGAGGCCACAGAAAACAGCCUCCAAUUGUUACAUAACAGGAUGGGGAGACACAGGACGAGCCUACUCAAGAACUCUACAACAAGCAGCCAUCCCCUUACUUCCCAAGAGGUUUUGUGAAGACCGUUACAAGGGUCGAUUUACAGGAAGGAUGCUCUGUGCUGGAAACCUCCAUGAACACAAACGUGUGGACAGCUGCCAGGGAGACAGCGGAGGACCACUCAUGUGUGAACGGCCAGGAGCGAGCUGGGUUGUAUAUGGGGUGACCUCCUGGGGAUAUGGCUGUGGGGUCAAGGAUUCCCCUGGUGUUUAUACCAAAGUCUCAGCCUUUAUACCUUGGAUAAAAAGUGUCACCAAACUGUAAUCCUUCAUGGAAACCUCAAGAAAAUAAUAUUUAAAGAAUCUGUUGGAAACUUUCCAAUAUUGGCAUUUAGCCGAGAUCCCAAAUAAUGGGAACGGAGAUCUGUGUUUCUGUGUUUUGUGUUGUCUUAAGAACUGUGCACCCCUUUGCUGCUUGAGAAUUUGUGAUGUGAACAUUUUGGCUACAGACACCUCAGUGUAGUAAUGAUUAUCCUUA